GUGUGUGUGUGUGGAGGGGAAUAAUUUCACUUUCACUUCGAGGUCCCAUUGAUUCACUGGAGGCGCUGCACUCAGAACGAUAAAAAAAGAAAAAACAAAUUAGUAAGAGAAAGGCUAAACAGAGGAGCACUAUAGGAACCCCCACAAUGGCGUUUAAGUACCCGGCUGCUCGAAGAGAUGAGAGUAAGGUGGAUGACUACCAUGGAACGAAGAUCAGUGAUCCCUAUGCAUGGCUGGAGGACCCUGACAGUGCAGAAACGAUGGCCUUUGUUGAAGAGCAGAACAAAGUGACUAUGCCGUACCUGGAGCAAUGUGCUGUCCGGGCUCAGUUCCACCAGCGCCUCACUGACCUCUAUGACUAUCCUAAAUACAGCUGCCCUUACAAAAGAGGGAAGAGGUAUUUCUACUUUCACAACAAAGGCCUCCAGAACCAGGAUGUGCUGUAUGUGCAGGACUCUCUGGAUGCACCUGCCACCAUCUUCUUUGACCCGAACAAACUCUCUGAAGAUGGCACUGUGGCACUGAAGAUGGGCCGUCUGUCGGAGGAGUGUGAAUAUUUUGCAUAUGGUCUGAGCAGCAGUGGCUCAGACUGGGUGACAGUGCGUUUCAUGAAGGCUGAUGACCUCAGCCCACUGCCUGAUGUACUGGAGAGGGUUAAGUUCAGCUGUCUGGCCUGGACUCAUGAUGCAAAGGGCGUCUUUUACAACUGCUACCCACGCCAGGAGGGCAAAACAGAUGGCACUGAAACCACCUGCAACAUCAAUCAGAAGCUCUACUACCACGUCAUCGGCACCAAGCAGUCAGAAGACAUUCUGGUUGCUGAGUUCCCCGACCAUCCAAAGUGGCACAGCUCAGUAACUAUAUCAGACGAUGGUCGAUAUGCCAUUCUGUCCAUCACUGAAGGUUGUGAGCCGGUCAACCAGCUGUGGUACUGUGACCUGCAGCAGCUCCCCAGUGGCAUCACAGGGCUGCUACCAUGGGUUAAACUUGUGGACAACUUUGAGGCCCAGUACUCCUACAUCACCAACGAGGGAACUGUAUUCACCUUCCACUCCAACUUGGAUGCUCCUCGAUACUGUCUCAUCAACAUAGACAUCCAGAAACCAGACAGGCAGCACUGGAUGACCCUCUUACCACAGCACAACAAGGAUGUCCUAGGCUUUGUCUCCUGUCUCAACCAGCACCACCUGCUGGUCAACUACGUCCAUGACGUGAAGGACAUCCUGCAGGUGUAUGAGUUGUCCACAGGCCGGCUGGUCAGGGACUUGCCACUGGACGUUGGCACAGUGGCCGGUGUGAGCUGCAAGAAGAAACACUCUGAAUUCUUCUACAAGUUCACCUCCUUCACUACACCAGGUAUCAUUUACCACUGUGAUCUGAGUGUGUCGAACCCAGAGCCCAAAGUGUUCAGGGAGGUGGAGGUAAAAGGCAUCAGGCAAGAGGACUACCAGACCACCCAGGUAUUUUACCCUAGUAAAGAUGGAACCAAGAUCCCCAUGUUUUUAGUUCACACCAAGGGCCUGAAGAAGGAUGGAACUCAUCCUGUUUUCCUUUAUGGAUAUGGAGGCUUUGAACACUCCAUACAACCAUAUUACAAUGUUGCGAACCUGCUGUAUGUGAGACACCUGGGAGGGAUUCUGGCAGUGGCCAACAUCAGAGGGGGCGGAGAGUAUGGCCUCACCUGGCACAAAGCUGGAACUUUGGCGAACAAGCAGAAUUGCUUUGAUGACUUCCAGUAUGCAGCAGAGUAUCUGAUCCAGGAAAAGUACACCACAGCCAGCCGCAUCGCUAUCAAUGGAGCCUCUAACGGAGGGCUGCUAGUGGCGGCCUGCGUGAACCAGCGUCCAGACCUGUAUGGCUGUGCUGUGGCGGAGGUGGGGGUGAUGGAUAUGCUGAAGUUCCACAAGUUCACCAUCGGCCACGCCUGGACCACCGACUACGGCUGUUCAGACGAGCCGGAGCAGUUCCAGUGGCUCAUCAAGUAUUCUCCUCUUCAUAAUCUUCCUCGGCCACCUUACUCUGGCCCCCCCUACCCUGCUGUCCUGCUUCUGACAGCAGAUCACGAUGAUCGCGUGGUGCCUCUGCACACCCUCAAGUACUGCGCUGCACUGCAGCAUGGCGUGGGCAGCGGCCCCAUGCAGCGCCAGCCCUUGAUGGUCAGGGUGGACACCCGUAGUGGGCACGGUGCAGGGAAACCCACCGCCAAAGCCAUCUUGGAGGAUGCUCACAUCUUUUCCUUCAUUGCUGAGACCUUGGGGCUCAGCUGGAAGGAGUGAGGGGAGGGAAGUAACCACUAUGCACAGUGAGAAAGGCUUUUAAAGGGAUGAUGAUUACUUUUUGAACUUGUUUUUUGUUUUUAUUUAAACUGUAGAAAUGAGAACCAAUUAGAGGGAAAGGAUGGGUAAGAGAUCUGGGACAAGGGAAGAGUGAGUUGACAAGAGCAUAAGUGAAAGAGAGAGGAAUGAUUACAGUGAACGGUUAAAGAAAGAUACAGAAAAAAGCUGCUUAUGAAACAGCUCUUAACCGUAGAUUACUUUAACUAAUAAGAUGCACUAAAAGAUGAAUUUUUUUAAAAACUCAUUGUAAAUUUGAAAUUGAAUUUGAAGUUUCAAUAAAACCUUCAUUUGCACUAUGA